AUGUUCAUCUUAAACAACUUGAGCUGUGUAAAACCGCUCACAGUAAAAAAAAUAAACCAACGAUACAUCCUAGAACUGGAUGAUCCGCCGAUUGUACAGCAUGCCAACGAGCGGCCCACAGAAGAUAAAAUACUGCUCGUCGAUACGGAUGAAAAACACGAUCUAAAAAAUAUAAGAAACGCUGAGUACUGCGCCUUCUUUGAUCUAACAACGAAAAUCGUGCAGGAGGACACUGGUGAUAUUAAAUCACUUUCGUAUGACGAGCUGAGCAUUUUGCACGGCUCGAAGUACGCAAGGAAGGCUAUCAAUAAGAGAGACGUGCUCGAGAACGACAUAAAUGUUGACAGAAUAAACUUUGAGAAAUAUGCAGGCAGCGAGCAGAUUGUUCCUACUUUUAAUACCAACGCAAAGAAUGCAAAGAGCAUUUACAAGCUGAGCAUAAUGUUCGACAAAAAAUUGGUGAGGGAGGUUAAUCACUUGGAGCUGAACUGCAAAAGCAUACGGAUCGUUGAUUAUAAAUACCGAGACAGCUUUAAGGCUCAUUUUAUAAUAUUAGACACGAUUUUGUACGUGCUGGAAAAGAACUAUGUGCCCGAGCGACUGCCGUACGGCGAUAUUAUGUAUGACGUAUUGAACACAGUUUUGAGCACAAGGGAGCAAAACGCGAAUAUUGAGCGCAAUAAAUACAGGCGAUACGGUAAUAACGAGCGGUACAAAUUCAUAGCUAUGGCAUGUGUGAUCCUGUUGAUUAUCCACAGGUAUGAAAUUGACAUCAGUAACAUGCCCAACUUUGGCAUCAGUGAUGCCGAAAUUACCAAAAUUAUGAGACUGCUUGGGUGCAAAUGUGACAAAGACAAGUUUAAACUUGCACGAGUGCCCGAAACCAAGAUAAGGGCGAGAAGAGGAUUUAGAUGAACGAUAGUAGCACUUUGAAUAAAAUUUAAUAAGCAUACAUCAAUGAUUUGGUAAAAUGAUGAGAUACAGGUUUUUUUACGCGCCACUACCAGCAAUAGCGCUCGUGACAAUACUACGCAAAAGUUUUUGCCCGCUAUAGCAAGAAUAACAUGGUUAAUGAUGAAACACAAUCACAGAAACAAACCAUAGCUUAUCUUUUCACUACUAAUUGAGGUACUUCGGUAAAAAUUAUCUUUAGCUAAGUCAUACACUGACAGUAUAUCAUGUUUGAUUAUCUUUCACUGCGGACUUAACGCAGGAAUAGUUUGUCAUAGCUCAUACACGAUUGGUAUAUUCUCGAGUUGAACGAAAGAACCGUGAUUUUUGACCAGGCGCCAAAUUAUCAGCACCGCUCGUCCCUGAUCGCACCCAACAACGGUCGUGCUAACGAAAGAAAAACAUAGUUAUCAGUCUAACACUACGCCAUCCAGAUAUUCGGUCCUCAAAAAGAAUAAAACACGC